AUGCCGACGCACAGCCCGGAAGAGCUGAGUCACAAGGCAGUGGAUGCUUUGUGGAGGGCUGCUUUAGAUGUGGUGAAGGACAACUUCAAUGCUGCAGAACAUCUCCCCAAGAAAGUUUACGAGUUUCUUCUGCCCAUCGCUGCCUCCACUUGCCAAGGAAUGUUUUCCACCGUGAUGAUGUUUGCGGGGGCAAUGCCUGCCUUGUCGAAUGGCGCCAGCGUGCGUCUUUGGAGCCAAAAACCAAGUCCCUUGAUGUUGCUGGUCCUGCACAUGGCGCCCCCUCAACGAGGAAAAUCUCGCUUGUUCCAAGCUGUUGAACUCCUUUUUGAAACUGCUGAUGACUUUGUGGCAAAGCUCGCCAAAAAGGCAGCAGAUGAGCUCGCCACCAAUCUGGCGCCUCCACUAGAAGGUUAUCAACCGCCGUCAGAGAUGCAAGUCAGCACCAAGUCAAUUUCGUUGCAGAGCUUCACGAUGACGGAGUUCUUCUACAGGUGCUCCGUGGAGUUCCCGCAAGUGGAGAUUGGCGGGAAAAAGGAAAAGACAACUUCCAGGUUGUGGUACGGGCAAGCGUUCAACCUAGACGAGUGCUACGAGUUCCUAGACAACAUAGGAACAUCCACCUCCUACGAGAGCUCACGGGCUCAGCACAUUGCCUUGUCACUCCUUGGCAAUGGCCAUCCAGCAAAGCUCAUCAGCAUGGAGCGGGGCCUGGAAGGUGGACACACUGCAGCUACAAGGGAAAGGUUUCUCUUUGCUGUGGAUGUGUCUGCGGCAAGGCACGAUAAAGUGCCCAAAGACCUUUUGGAAACAAACGGUGAUGUACCAGCCUGGACCUGGUUGCCUUUGACCCCGCUGCAAGCGACCAUCUUCCGGUGGACUAGCUUGCUGAACAACCCCAAGCAUUUUGAAGGGGUCGAGAAGCCAGAGGACGAUUCAGAAGAUGAAGGCUACCCUGCUGUGUUGCCAGACGGGGUGAGGUCGAGAGUUCGUUACAUCGAAGAAGCCGAUUCUAGAGGUGAGACGGUGGUGGUGCGGACUGAGUGGCGGAUUAGUGGGCGGUGGCUUGUCAAGGACCAGACAGAACACAUCUGCGCUGGAGCGCGCAGGGUCUGUGAGCACUUCGAGAAGCGGCCGCGUUCAGUUUUGACUAUCCGAGAUGAAGCGCAGAAACUGUUGCUGGGAAACCAAGUGGCGCAAUCCAUCCGUGCGUCUGGCAAGGAGAGCACACCGUUGGAGGCCUUGCACGCAAACGCUGCUCACAUGCAAGGCAUGCUGAGCGCAAGUGUCGCCAUCUUGGAGUUGGCUGGUGGUGGGGGCACCUUUGACACCGAUGGAAAUUUGGAAAUUACUGAGGACCAUGUGCAGGGCCCAUUGGAUCCUGCCACAGCUGCCAGCUCGGACGAGUCCGACAAUGAACCUUUCCAGCCCGUGCAAGUGCUUCCCCAUGAGAUUGUCCCACUGAAGCUGUCCGACUUGGACCCGAAGGACAUUUUCUUCCAGAAAGGCUUGGGCGACAACGGCUCGAUGCUCCUCUCCUCCCAGGAUGGCAUUCUCAAAGACCGCGAGCUUGUCCAGAAACUGCUGCUGUUGGGGCGCAGCGAGAUAAAAAUGUCCAAGGUGGUUGACUCGUACCAUGUGGUGCAGCAAGUCCAGGGCAAGCGACGGAAAGACGCAAUCAAUCAUCAUGCAGGAGCAGAGAUAGGCACUAUGACUGCAGAAGCUGGUGGAGGCAUCAUUCGAGGCACCAUGACAGCAGAAGCUGGUGGAGGCAUCAUAGGACUGUUGGUGUCCAUUCACAAUGACUUCUCUGGGGCCCGCGCUGUCAUCACGUUCGUGAGCGGGAACCUCUGCGUCACCUGGGGCAGCAGGGACGUCCGCAGGACGGGGAGGAGCAAAGUUCUAGAGUUCCCAGAGUUCGAUGUUCAUUCCCAGAGUUCGAUUUUUGUUGAUGUCGGGAAGAACAUCAACAACUGCGUGCGGGAAAGGCUCAUCGGCACGGAGCAGUACAGUCUUUGGGCUGCAGAAGCCAAGAAAAGAGGCAAGGAGGCCUGCCAUGUGUUUCCGCAGCGGCCGGCGAUUGUUUUGCACAGCGGCGCGAAUGACACGACAAGGCGUGGCGAUGAACCAGCAGCACUGCAGUAUCAGAGUGCGGUUGGGCAGGUGGAAGUGCGAAUUGCUGGGCGAGUGAAGAGCUUGCGUUCAUCCGGCGCAAAACUCAAGUUCUACGACCUGGCAGAGGGCGAAGACAGAAUUCAGGUGAUGUGCAGUCCACAAAUGCAUGAAGGAGAUGACUUCAAAGAGGUGCAUGCUAGCAUCCACCGCGGGGACAUCAUUGGUGUCCGUGGCGUUGUUGGCAAAUCGAAGCGAGGAGAACUUUCAGUGUUCCCUCGAGAAGUAAAGUUACUGUCGCCCUGCCUGCACAUGCUGCCAAAAGAAUACUCAGGCCUCAAAGACCAAGAGACCAGAUACCGAAAACGAUAUCUUGAUUUGAUGGUCAACGAAGAUGUGAGGAAAACAUUUCGGCUACGAUCUGCGGUAACAAAUUUCAUCCGACGCUACCUCCAGGAAAGGGGCUUCCUGGAAGUGGAAACUCCCAUGAUGAAUACAAUUGCAGGCGGGGCUUCUGCCAAGCCUUUCAUCACCAAACACAAUGAAUUAGAUAUGGACCUGUAUAUGCGAAUUGCACCGGAGCUUUACUUGAAGAUGCUAGUCAUCGGUGGUCUUGACCGCGUGUUUGAGAUCGGCCGCAACUUUCGCAAUGAGGGCAUCGAUCUGACUCACAACCCAGAGUUUACAACGUGCGAAUUUUACAUGGCAUACGCAGACUAUGAGCAGAUGAUGAACAUCACGGAGGAACUGAUAAGCAGUAUGGUCUUGGACCUCACUGGCGGCUAUGUGAUCCAGUAUCAUCCUCAUGGACCCGACAAGGAUGCAGUCGAAAUCGACUUCACGCCUCCUUGGCCACGAGUCUCCAUGGUCGAAGAGAUAGAGAAGCAGACUGGCAAAGCUCUGCCACGGAGUUUUGAAGCGGACUCUGCUCGUGAGGUGCUGGACGAUCUGGUGAAAUCUCUGAAGCUUGAGUGCCCUCCUCCAAGGACUGCUCCUCGCCUUCUGGACAAGCUUUGCGGGCAUUUCAUUGAAGACCGCAUUGUGAACCCUACCUUCAUCACUGAGCAUCCUCAGGUGAUGAGCCCACUGGCCAAAUGGCACCGCAGCAAGGAAGGCCUCACAGAGCGCUUCGAGAUGUUCGUGAUGGGCAAGGAACUUUGCAAUGCAUACACAGAGCUUAAUGACCCGGAGAAGCAGCUGGCAUGUUUCCAGGAGCAAGCGUUGGCCAAGAGCCAAGGCGAUGAGGAAGCGCAGACUGUGGAUGAAGGCUUUGUCACCGCUUUGGAGCAUGGGCUGCCACCAACUGGUGGCUGUGGCUGCGGCAUCGACCGCUUAGUGAUGCUCUUGGCGGACAAGAACAACAUCAAAGAAGUAAUCCUUUUUCCAGCCAUGAAACCUCAACCGAUCGAUUGA